UCUAACCCAAAAAAAAAAAAAUGAGCAGAUAAAUGGCCUGCAAUAUUCCUAAAAAAAAUUCACACCUCAAAACCUCCCAAAAUGGCCUCGUCACCGUUACUGAACACCCUUCUCUCCUCUUUCAAUGCUUCCUAUUUUCCCAAAAACCCAUUUUUAUCAAAGACGAGUUUCAGAGGCCAAACCCUAACAAUUCUCUUCAACCAAAAACCCAAACCUUCACAUGAUUUCAGAAAGCUUUCUGGGUCACCAGUUUUUUACGCAGAGCUUCUUCCUCUCGAUUUAACUGAAGAUAAUGUUAACCGAGUCUUAAUGGAUGCCAAAUCAGAGUUGGCACAAAUCUUUGAUACCUCAGUCGGUAUCACAGGAGAAGCUGAGCUUGCAGAGUUGGAUGGUCCUUUUGUGAAGCUCAGCCUGAAGGGUCGGUUUUGGCACAAACGAUCUACAGUUUUGGCGAGGCUUGGUAAUUACUUGAAGAAGAGGAUUCCUGACAUUUUGGAGGUCGAUAUAGAAGAUGAGCAGCAACUGGAUGACAGCCCGGAAAACUUUUAGAGCUAAAUUUAGCUAUUAAAUGGUGUCCUGGAGAGAUCGGUUGGUCGAGGAUCAUUCAUAUCAAUACUAUGUCAACUGCAGAGUCUGCCUAGGCAACACUGGGAACUGUCAAUAGUUUCCUAAGCUGCCUAUGCUUAGAUUUUACCACGUCCACUGUUAAUCAAUUUGGUCCUAAAUUGAGUCAUUUGAUCGCUAUUUAAGUUUAAAGGAGUUGUUUUCAGCCCCAUUUUCUCCUAGUGAAAGAAAAAAUGUCAAUCAUUUUCAUUUAAAAUUCCAAUAUUUAAGUGAAAUCUGAUUUUGUCGAGUAUAGCUGGACCAAAAUUUCAUGAUCAAUUUCAUGUCAAUUGGAUCAACUUGGUGUUAAUUGACUGAGUUGGCUCCUUGGUCUUUUUUAUGUUUUAUUUUUUCCUAUAGAAUACAAAAUUUCUGGACCCAACGAACACGGCAGAAAGCGAAGGCGCUGGUUGUUAAAAUCAUCUUUUUUUUGUUUGUUGUGAUUUUAUUUGUAAGAGAAAUGAAUACAGUGACACCCUUAUCAGUUUCUCUUAUUUUCUUCGUUGUGUAGUGUAGAUGCUUUGAUUCAUAAUAUUAUUCAGAGACUUAGUCUCCUCUUUCUGUCUCUUUUUUCAUCCUCUUUCUCCCUCUUUUCCCAGCAAGUGGGACCAGGCCUUGGGCAUAAAGUAGUUUUGGCUUCAUUAAGUCAUGUAAGGACAUAUUUUUCCCUUUCCCUCUUCUAUUUUUGAGGGUUGUAUGUGUUUAAUGAGCACUGGAUAACGACAAGAUGUAGAAUAUUAAGCAAAGGAGCUUCUUUUUCUUUC